CAUCUAUAGAAGGUUGGAAAGACUGACUGACUUUUAUCAGUCAAGAACACAGUCGAGAGAAGGUCGGAUCCGACAAGCCGGACCGGACAUCAACAUGGCCAAGAGUGGGACAGGCACAUUGCCAAAAACUUCACAGUUCGUGUCCGGUCCGGACGAAAAAGGGCCUCUGGAUGGAAAGGUGGCCAUUGUAACAGGUGCAGCUCAGGGUUUAGGAAAAGCUUUCAGCAAAGCUCUUCUGCAACGUGGAGCAAAGGUGUGUUUGGCUGACAUCGACACAGAAACAGGGGAGAAAACUCAGGAAGAAUUCGAAAGUACCUUUGGUGAAACUGAAGUCAUUUUCAAGAAAACGGAUGUGACGUCACAUAAACAAAUGGAAGAGCUGUUUAAAUUAGCGAAGGAGACGUUUGGAGGUUUAGACAUCGUCGUCAACAAUGCUGGUGUCAGUGGGGAAGUCUACCCUCUGUGGCAAAAAGUCAUCGAUGUCAACUUGAAAGGGACGAUAGCGGGCACGAUGCUGGGACUAGAUGCGAUGAGGCGAGACAAGGGAGGAAAUGGAGGGGUCAUCGUAAACAUAUCAUCAAUGACAGGCAUAUUACCAAACCCGUACGGCCCGGUCUACACAGCAUCCAAAUACGGUAUAGUUGGAUUUAGCCGGAGUUGGGCGAUGAACCCAGACAUAAUUAAGAACGGUGUCCGCAUCAACGUGCUCUGUCCGUCGUUCGUGGACACGAAUCUCUUUGCAGACCUCAACAGCGACAACUGUCUAAACGUUCCGGCACUCAAAGCUAUGAUCCAGCAUGUCGGGGUCAUGACAUCUGAACACGUGGCGGAAGGCUUGUUGGAACUCAUUGAAGAUGAAACGAGAAACGGCGCCGUAUUAAAAAUGAGAAAAAAGGAAGGGCGCGUAUAUCACGUUUAAUAAAUGCGUUUCCAUGACAGUGUAGAAUACCGGAUGUGGGUGGAGUGGGUCAUACGGGGAUCGAAAGUAAUUUGCAAUGACAUUUUUAGUAUUUUUCAAUAAGCAAUGUAUAACAGGUAGAGAAAGCCCAACAUAUACUGUAAUCUGUAUACAUCAAAAGGGGACCGAUGAACUGACUUGUAACUAUAAUAAAUAAUAUUAACACUUAAAGAGAUAUUAUUAAGUUGCAAUCCCAUAUCAACCCCCAUGACUUUUUUGCUAAAAUGUCUGUGUAUAUAAUAACAUAAUACUAGUAAUAAAAAUACAAAUAAACAAUAAAUAUUAUUAUUAAAUAAUAAUAAUAAACAAUAAUUAUUAGUAUUAAAUAACAAUAACAAUAAUAAUAAUAAUAAUAACAAUAAAACAACAAUAAUAACUAGCAUUAAAUAACAACAAUAACAAUAAUAAUAAUAAUAAUAAACUAAAAUAAUAAAAUUAUCAUCGAUCAGUAGAAGUUAAAUCUGAUUUUAAUAGUGGCUGGAACAGACAGCGUUGGCAGUUUCAUCUGAAUUGCUACCAAUAGAUAAUGCGCUAUAAGGAGAUACAAAUGCCGACCUUUGCGUACAAUUACUUUGUUUUGGCUGUUCCAUUAGUUGCCUUCACCCCUAAAUUGAAAAUAAAGUUCGCACCCUAUGGAAUUUGAUGACAAAUUGUUAAGAAACGUUAUUUAUUUACACAUUAAAAAAAAAAAAAAAAAAAAA